UUGGCGGCUAGAUUUCUCCAUUGAAAACUAGGGGCGUGGGUGGGCGGAGCCGGAAGUAGAGCCAGACGAGAGGCCCCCGUCCACCAGGGGCGGAGAGAAGGGGGAGGGAACUAGAGGAGGAGGAGGUUAGCCGAGGCUGCUACAGCGGCGGCGGCGGCGGCGCAGGGGCUGGUACGCGCUGGGCGGCGAGAGCCUCAUGGCGGAGGAAGAGAGCGAUCAAGAGGCCGAACGCCUCGGAGAAGAGCUCGUGGCCAUUGUGGAGUCCCCGCCAGGCCCUGCGGGGCUUGGAGUUGCGGGCGACGGCAACGACGGCACUGGCGGCAGCAGCUGCGGUGGCGGCGUCGUCGGGAUCAGCAGUCGGGAUUACUGCCGACGCUUCUGUCAGGUGGUUGAAGAUUAUGCUGGAAGAUGGCAAGUCCCUUUGCCGCAACUUCAAGUUCUUCAGACUGCACUUUCUUGUUUUACAUCAGCCAGUGCAUCAUUCCCAGAUGAAUGUGAGCACGUACAAUAUGUGUUGAGUAGCCUUGCCUUGAGUUUCUUUGAGUUGCUGCUUUUCUUUGGAAGAGAUGAGUUUUAUGAAGAGCCCUUAAAGGAUAUUCUUGGAUCAUUCCAGGAAUGCCAGAAUCACCUCCGCAGAUAUGGAAAUGUGAAUCUGGAACUGGUGACUCGAAUCAUUAGAGAUGGUGGCCCAUGGGAAGAUCCAGUGUUGCAAGCUGUUCUUAAAGCCCAGCCAGCAUCUCAAGAGAUAGUGAACAAAUACUUAAGUUCGGAAAAUCCACUAUUCUUUGAACUACGUGCCAGAUACCUAAUUGCUUGUGAACGCAUACCCGAAGCAAUGGCUCUUAUUAAAUCUUGUAUAAAUCACCCAGAAAUCAGCAAAGACUUGUAUUUCCAUCAAGCACUCUUCACAUGUCUAUUUAUGUCACCUGUAGAAGAACAGCUAUUCCGGGAGCAUUUAUUGAAAACUGAUUGUAAGAGUGGAAUUGAUAUCAUCUGUAACACUGAAAAAGAAGGCAAGACUAUGUUAGCCUUGCAACUCUGUGAAUCUUUUCUUAUUUCACAGCUCCAGAAUGGGGAUAUGUAUUGUAUCUGGGAGUUGAUUUUCAUAUGGAGUAAACUUCAGCUUAAGUCUAAUCCUUCAAAACAAGUUUUUGUAGAUCAAUGCUACCAGCUUUUAAGAACAGCAACUAAUGUGAGAGUCAUAUUUCCUUUCAUGAAAAUCAUUAAAGAUGAGGUUGAAGAAGAAGGCUUACAAAUUUGUGUUGAAAUAUGUGGUUGUGCUCUACAACUAGACCUUCAUGAUGAUCCCAAAACUAAGUGUCUAAUUUAUAAAACAAUUGCACAUUUCUUGCCAAAUGAUUUGGAGAUCCUCAGGAUUUGUGCACUCUCAAUAUUUUUUCUUGAGCGCUCCUUGGAAGCUUAUCACACUGUUGAAGAGCUUUACAAAUGUCCAGAUGAAGAAUAUAAUGAAGGCACCAGUAGUGUUCAAAAUCGUGUUCGUUUUGAAUUACUUCCAAUUUUGAAAAAGGGAUUGUUUUUUGAUCCUGAAUUCUGGAACUUCGUAAUGAUUAAGAAAAACUGUGUAGCAUUACUGAGUGAUAAAUCAGCAAUCAAAUUUCUAAAUGAAAAUACACUGGAAAAUUCUAUAGGUAAUCUAAAAAAGACAUUGGAACAGAAAUGUUUAGAUGAAGGUGUAGACUCUUUUACAGAUCAAAGCACUGGAGAGCUUGAUCCUGAUGAUAUAUCUGGAGUACAACCUAAAGGCCAUGUUAACACAAAGAAAAACCUUACUGCUCUUAACACUUCUAAAGUAGACCACAGUGUCCCAAGGCAUCGGUGUAUGUUAUGUAAUAAGGAAUUUCUAGGCGGUCACAUUGUAAGGCAUGCCCAGGCUCAUCAGAAAAAGGGCAGUUUUUCCUGUGUUAUAUGUGGUAGGAAAUUUAGAAACAGAGGACUUAUGCAGAAGCAUUUAAAAAAUCAUGUUAAAAAAAUACAAAGACAUCAAAUUACUGUAGCUCAACAGGAGGAUCAGGAAACUCCUGCUUUGGAAGAAAUAAACUUUUCCAAUUCUUCAAUUUCAUUUGAAAAUGGAGAUUUUGAUAAUAAAGAUUUGGAAAUACCGACUAUUAAUACUUCCAGUGAUGGAAACGAAGCGGUCAUCCCUGAGCAUGUGGCUGAAUUCACUGAAAUUCCCAUAAGUGUAUCAGAAGAUGUCAUUGAAAACAUUGAAAAUGGCAGUCCUGACACUUAUAUAAAUAAUGUAUUGGAACCUUUAACUGUAUGUGAGGAUGAUUACGAGGAGGAAGAUGAUGAAGAAGGUGAUUAUGAAGAAGAUGAUUAUGACCUGAAUCAAGAAACUCCAGCACUUCAUAAAAUUAAUGGAACUUUGUGCCAUCCAAAAGACAUAUAUGAUAUAGAUCAAAAAGGAAACUUUAAGUGCCCUGCUCUUGGUUGCGUUAGGAUAUUUAAAAGAAUUGGAUUUCUCAAUAAACAUGCAAGGACUGCACAUCCAACUGACUUAAAUGUGCGGCAAACGGUAAUGAAGUGGAGCAAAGGAAAAUGCAAAUUUUGUCAAAGGCAGUUUGAAGAUUCUCAGCAUUUUAUAGAUCACCUUAAUAGACACAGCUAUCCAAAUGUGUACUUUUGUUUGCAUUUUAACUGCAAUGAAUCGUUUAAGCUGCCAUUCCAGCUUGCUCAGCACACAAAAAGUCACAGGAUAUUUCAGGCCCAGUGUAGUUUUCCAGAAUGCCAUGAGCUUUUUGAAGAUCUUCCUCUGUUAUAUGAACAUGAAGCUCAGCACUAUUUAAGUAAAACACCGGAAUCAUCUGCACAACCAAGAGAAGCAGUUGCUUGGGAUGUUCUUACAGACUCAAAUAAUAGUUUUCAGGAAAAAGACUCAUCUAGUAAUGAGAAACAAGCUAUUAGCCUGCCAGUUUGUCCUAGCAAAUCAAGGAAAGAUUCUACAGAACCAAAGACAUGUAUAGACAGUAUGGAAAAGAAGACAGACAGUUUAGUUCAGAAUGGAAAUGAACAUUCUGAUGACACUGUUUCUGAUAUAAGCUUGACAGACCAAAAGAUGCCUGACCUAGAGCCAAAUUCUGAAAAUAAUUGUAGUAUUAUUGAUUUAGUCAAUGGACACGGAAUAGAACAGACAUCUUUAGUUUCAUCAGGUUCUGCUUUGAAAAUUGAUACAAAUAGAAUCAGAACAGAAAAUGGCUCCAUUUUACCCAAUGUUGUAUCACAAGAACACAGUACCCUGCCAGUAUCUCAGGCACCAUCCAAACCAAAUCUAAUGAGUGAACAUACUUCAUAUGGCUUAAUUUUAUCAAAGCCAUAUGUCAGACCAUUGCCUCCCAGUUACCUUGAUGAACGGUACCUUAGUAUGCCAAAACGCAGAAAAUUUCUGACUGAUAGAAUAGAUGCCUGUUCUGAUCAAGAUAACAUUUGUAAAAAAUCAGUGAAAAGAUUAAGAUGUGGCAAAUGCCUGACCACCUACUGUAAUGCAGAAGCACUUGAGGCUCACCGUGCACAAAAGAAAUGUCAGGCACUCUUUGGAUUUGAUUCAGAUGAUGAAAGUAAGUCUUCUAUCUUCUCAGUAGGUAUAUCUGUAGAAAUAGAAAAUGCCACAGGUCUUUAAAGUUAACAUUUGUAUAGCAUCCUAUAUAAUAAAAGCGUAACAUGCAAAUUGACAGGACUGCAGAAUGUGGGGUGCAGGGCAGGCGGCACCAGGCCAGCCAAGGCACGUGCCAGUGGGCAGAGGGAGGGAACGACGGUGGGGGGGUGGGGUGACCAGCAGCAGCAGAAGGGCGAUAGGGGGGUCUGACACCGUCCCCUGAUCGGCCCAUCAGGUCGCCUCCCGCAUAGGGAGGCUGGACAGUGGCAGGGUAAUGGGGGCGGCGGCGGUCCCUGUCCAGUCACCUCCUGCAGAGGGAGGCCAGACUAUGGCUCAGGGAGCAGGCCUGUGCCAUCAGUAGGACAUCCUCUGAGGACUCCCAGACUAUGAGAGGGCGCAGGCCGGGCUAAGGGACCCCCCCACCCUCCAGUGCAUGAAUUUUUGUGCACUGGUCCUCUAGUAGAUAAUAAAGCACUAACUAUACAUUUCCUUUAGUCUAUACAACCAUUAUAAGGUGAUGUCCCUAUUCCUGUUUUAUAGAUCAAACUCAAAUUCACAAGUUAAGUAAUUUGCAUAGGCACAGGCCUAUGAACUUGUGGGAGCCAGAACUUGUACACAGGUUUUCCAUCUCUUUGAUCAUUUUCACUGUAUUUGAAGCUUUUCUUCAUUCUAGGUUUCAUGUACUUAAGGUUCUAGAAACAAAGUAAUUAUGAUGGAAAUGUUUUUCAUCUGCAUGCUGUAUUAUAAUCCAAGUGAAACUGAGCCUCUUUACAAAUACAAUUUAAAAGAAUCAGAAAAUAAAUGAAAGACAAAAAUGAGCAGAAGAACUUGCCUGCCUUUUUACCGCUAUCAAUAUUCUUUCAAUGUGUAAGGGUGUAAAUAAACAGGAAUCUGACUUAGAGUUCCAGUUGAACAUCUAUACAAUUUGAAUUAAUAGACAUGUUUUGUUUUACAGGUGCCUGAUAAAAAUGUAUCAGAAAGAUCUGUCGAUCAAGCAGUAGUGUGAAAAAAGCACUACAAGAAAAUGCAUCAUCAGUUUGCUAUUUCCCUGACGGCCUUAAUUUUAGAGUGGUCUAGGAUUAGUUAAAGACAAAGCACAUUGUCUAGAAUGAACUCACAGCGAUGUGCUAGUUCAGAUUCCAAAAGGGUUAUUACAAAACUCCCAAAGUACCAGUUAUCCAGAAAACCACAUUUUAAAAAAAAGUUCAUGAGAUUAAUAGCAGCACGUUCAGUUUCGCUUAAGUGAGAAACUUGUUCAGGCAACUAGUCAGAAAGAGAAGCCAGCUAUGGCCUUACAGAAAGGGAGUUAACCCAUUUGAAAAGGGGGAGGGGUUGGUUUACAAUAAACAACUUAAAGUAUUCUACAAAUGGGAUGGUUUACUUGUCAUGUAUAAUCAGAUUUUGACCUCCCUUCUGAUCAAACAUGGCUUAAGGAAUCACUACUGGGUUUAUUAUAAUUUAGAAACUGAUACAUGAAAAUAAAACUUGAUUUAUCACUGUUCUAUCCAUAAAAGAUUGUAACUUGUUUCCAGAUGAUUGAAUAGACAGGUCAAAGUUCAAUGUAUGGCAUGCCAGUAUUUAAAACUAAAAAACCAAAAGACAAAACAGUGCUUUGCUGGAACCUUCCACUUUCCAUUUUUGUGAUACCAAUGAAUUAUAAAGGCAGCAGUGUCAAUUAAAUAGAAAAAGUACCAUUGGUAACUUUGGGGAUAGAUGGGAGGAAUUUUAAGACCAUUAAAGGCUAUCUAGUUGGUGGAAAACACUGAAUUGCAAAUUCCUCAAUGUGAAUAAUGGUAUAAGCACACUGGGAUAUUUCUAUUUGUAUAUAGAGUAGUGUUGGGACAUUGCUUGAUGAUUCAUAGUAAGGUCCUUUAGACAUUAAUGUGAGUUAUCUAAGUACAGUCCUAUAAAAACUGGCUGUAAAAAAUAUGUAAGCUAAGAAUCAGGUCAAGAACUCAUUGGUUUUAUUCAUUUAGAAUAGUUAGUUAUAAAAUAAGCCAUACUACUCAUGCUUUCUUAUUUAUUAGUGAUAGAUUUGGUCUGAUUGAUGAUUUUUAUAUAUAUAUGAAAGGAAAUAUUUACAUAAAAAUUUGCACAGCAAGAACACAGUAAGAUAUAUUGAUGCAUUUAUUUUCCUUGAUGACCAGUAAUUUUCCUAAGGAAGAUUUUAACUUAAUAAAUUAAUACAAAAAAUGUUUUUAAAAAUACCCUCUCAGAUGUGUUCUACUUGUACAUUCUCUAAAAGAGGAAGGCUAAAGACCUUUUAUCUAAUAAUGUGUUAAUCUAUAGCAGGGAUAAAAUGAAAAAAUGCAAAGGCAAAUUCUUCAAAAACUGGGCUAGUAAUGUACCAAUGUCAACCAAAUAAAUAUUCUAGUAUUCCAACUGACACAUUUUUGUUCAAAGCAGAUAAUCUGAUCAGAGCCUACUAUAUCCAUAUAUUUUGAAUAUUAAACUUUGGCAUAUUAAAGUUUCUUGAAUGAAGUUACCAAGCAAGUGGGACAUUUCUUCCAGGGCAUCAUCUAGACCAAUGAUGGCGAACCUAUGAUACGCGUGUCAGAACUCAUUGUUUUGGUUGAUUUUUCUUUGUUAAAUGGCAUUUAAACAUAUAAAAUAAAUAUCAAAAAUAUAAACCUUUGUUUUACUAUGGUUGCAAAUAUAAAAAAAUUUCUAUGUGACACGGCACCAGAGUUAAGUUAGUGUUUUUCAAAAUGCUGACACGCCGAGCUCAAAAGGUUCGCCAUCACUGAUCUAGACUAUUGAAUUAAGAUUUCCAAGUCACAAUAGAUCAUGGUAGGUCAGAUAUCUAAAAAAUUUCCCAAUUUUAUUAGCUUAGUUAUCAUGUGCAUUCAUUACUAUACAAUUGACAGUCAUAAAUCCAUUCCAAUAAAAUUUAGGUUUUUUGUUUUUUAAUUUUAUUUUUAUUGUAGCCUACAUUAGGCUGUGGAAUUUACAUUUAAAUUGCAUAAGUAAACACAAAUCAAUUAGAUUUUUUAAUUCUUUAAGGUCAACUUAAAAUCUUUUCCAUACUCCCUUGACACUAAAAAUAUAAUACUUGAGAUCUACUUCAGUUUAGUCUAAAAUAAUCAUGUAAUUAAGUCUGUCUGGAAACUAGUUCAUUUGGAAAAUAAAGUUAUUUUUGAAAUAUAGUUUCUGCUUCAUUUUCCGGAAGUUUAACAUUACCACUUAACAUUUUUAACUCUUUACUUUUUUGCAAGUUGAAACUAUCACAUCUACAAAUUAUUUUCAUUCAUUUUGCAGUUCAUACCAAGAUGUUUUUAAAUAUAUUGCAUAUGUUAUUUUAUGUCUUUGAGGUUUUAUUUCUAUUAUGUUGCUAAGAGAAAACUUUGGGAGAUUGAUCAAAUCGGUUUAUACAUAAAUCAAGGAAUGUCUUAUAAAAUUCUAUUUGAACACACUGUUCUCACUCUUUAUAUAUUUCUCAGAUAAUUGUUAUUGAAAGAAUGUGUACAUUUUAUGUAUGUUUUAUAAAACACAAACUUACGUCAUUUUGCUUGUAGAGGAUGCUUAAACUUCCAACAAUUCUAGUUUGGGAUCCAGAAGAAAAGGAAGCUUUCUUCCUCAAUUUAUUCUCUUUUUUACUCCUUCUGUUUUGAGGAUAUGUUUAACUUACAUGGACCAAGUUUCAAUCCUAUGUUUUUAAAUAAAAAAAAAUUGCCUUCAAAACAUUACAUACUAACUUUUUAUGUUUCAGUAAGGUCAAGAAAAUAGCAAAUCUGAAUUUUUGCUGCUCAGAUAUUUUGGGAGAGGUAAAAAAGAAAUCUCCGUGGACAGGGACACUGGUACUUUGGGCUUUAGCCAUAUUCGUUUUUUUAAACCACCAAUUAUAUAAUGAGUAGAUAAUUUAUAACAUUGAACUUGUGAUUCUUCUGAAAUCACACUUGAAGGUUCAGCCGUACUCCUUUUGUGUUUGGUUUAAACUGUUGUAUGGAUGAAAAACCUAAAAGGGAUGAUAGUGUUUAUUUUUUAAUUUAUUUGGUACUGUAAAACACCUUUCAGAAUGACUAAAUGCUGCAUAUGCAUUUUGGAAUUGUUAAUAUGUGAAAGAUAUUACAGUUUCAGCAAGAAAGGAAUUUGUGCUUCCUUGUUGAACAUUAAAUUAUUUUACUUUGCAUUUUAUAAGAGUACAAAUUAAAACUGAGCCAUUGAACUGCAAUAAAUCAACAAUAGUGUCUCAUUUCAAGAAGUUUUUUGUACUGUACAUAGAUUUGUUCAAUAAAACAUUGUUCUUAUUGGUAA